AUGAACGUGUUCUGGGUCGCCGGUGUGACUCCCACAGGAACGAUCGCUUCUGAACAGGAGAAGGCGUUCAAGGAGGCCACUGUCGUGUUCCUCGGGGCAGUUCUGAGCGUGAUUGGAGAUAAGCUGGUUGACGCAUAUUUACAUGUGUGGUCUGCCAAGGACUUGUGGGAGGCGCUCGAAUCUAAGUUCGGGGCCGCCGAUGCAGGGAGCGAGAUGUAUAUUAUAGUGCAGUUCCACGAUUACAAGAUGGUUGAAAACCGUCCUGUAUUGGAGCAGGCUCAUGAGAUAAUAUGCAUUGUUAAGGAGCUUGAGCUUCUUAAGUGCGAGUUACCGGGCAAGUUUGUCGCGGGCUGCAUAAUCGCUAAGCUCCCCAAUUCCUGGAGGAACUUUGCCACCACUCUGAAACAUCAGAGGCGUGAAUUCUCUGUGGAGGAUGUCAUUGGCCAUCUGAGCGUUGAGCAGAAUUCAAGGGCAAAGGACUCGCACGGAAAAGGGGUCAAAGGAACUUCUGUGGCCAAUAUGGUGCACCAGAAGAACUCCAAUUCCCACAAUCCCAAGGGAAAGAACGGUGUCCAACAGAAUGCCGACUUUAAGAAGAAGGAAGCGUAUGCAUCUCCAAAAGCUGACUAUUGGAAGGAUGCGGUCCGUAGCGAGAUGGAUUCCAUCAUGGCUAAUGGGACUUGGGAGCUUACUGAACGUCCUUAUGGUUGCAAACCAUUGGGAUGCAAGUGGGUGUUCAAGAAGAAGCUUAGGCCCGAUUGUACGAUAGAAAAGUACAAGGCUAGGCUUGUGGCCAAGGGCUAUGCCCAGAAAGCAGAAGAAGAUUUCUUCGACACUUAUUCACCUGUGGCCAGACUGACCACCAUUCGAAUGGAUGUUAAGACGGCUUUCCUGAACAGAGAGCUAAAGGAGGAAAUCUAUAUGCAACAGCCUGAUGGCUUUGUGAUAGAUGGCCAGGAAGAAAAGUUGAUCGAGGAGGUUAAGUCUUUCCUAUCUCAGAACUUUGAGAUGAAGGACCUUGGAGUGGCUGAUGUAAUCUUGAACAUCAAGCUAUUGAGAGAUGAUGAGGGUGGGAUUACACUUCUGCAAUCCCAUUAUGUUGAGAAGGUGUUGAGUCGCUUUGGAUAUUUGGACUGCAAACCAUCUCAAACACCAUAUGAUUCUAGUGUGCUGAUUCGAAAGUCUAAAGGCACAGCUAUAGAGAUCAAUUGA